GGUGGUGCUAUCUCCAGGGCUCUGACCUUCUCUCCUACCAUGAGGUGGGCCUGCCGAUUGCCCAGGGCCUCUUGGGGCUCUGGUUUCGGAAGAGUACCCCAGCCACUAGAUGAGUAUAUCCCCUUUCUGAUCCACUGGAGUUGGCCCCUUAUAGGAGACUGUCCUCUUGGGCCCCCUAGGGUGUUUACACGCCACCACGGAAGCUCAGCAGGCAGUGCUCCCCCAUUGGAGAGGCAUGGACAGCUGUUCCGGAGCGUCUCUGUAGCUGAAGCUAUCCAGCAGCACCGCAGGAACCUGGCCGAGUGGUUCAUCCGGCUGCCCAGGGAGGAGCGCCAGUUUGGCCCAACUUUUGCCCUAGACACGGUCCACGUGGACCCUGUGAUCCGGGAGAGCACCCCUGAUGAGCUGCUUUGCCCGUCUGCGGAGCUGGCUGGGGAACAUCAGCUGCCCCAGCCUGGGCUCCCCCCACUGGCUCUGUCUCAGCUCUUUGGCCCAGAUGCCUGUGGGCGCCGGGUGCAGACAGUGGUGCUGUAUGGGACGGUGGGUACAGGCAAGAGCACACUGGUGCGCAAGAUGGUCCUGGACUGGUGUCACGGGCAGUUGCCAGCCUUUGAGCUCCUCAUCCCCUUCUCCUGCGAGGACCUGUCAUCCUUGGGCCCCACCCCAGCCUCCUUGUGCCAGCUCGUGGCCCAGCGAUACACGCCCCUGAAGGAGGUUCUGCCUCUGAUGGCUGCUGCCGGGUCCCACCUGCUCUUUGUGCUCCAUGGCUUGGAGCGUCUCAACCUUGACUUCCGGCUUGCAGGCACAGGGCUUUGCAGCGACCCUGAGGAGCCAAAAGCACCAGCUGCCAUCAUUGUUAACCUGCUGCGCAAAUACAUGCUGCCUGAGGCCAGCAUUCUGGUGACCACCCGGCCUUCUGCCAUUGGCCGCAUCCCCAGCAAGUAUGUGGGCCGCUAUGGUGAGAUCUGUGGCUUCUCUGAUACCAACCUGCAGAAGCUGUACUUCCAGCUCCGUCUGAACCAACCAGAGUGUGGACACAGUGCUGAGGGUGCAGAUGUCUCAGCCAUCUCAGCUCAGCGUGACAACUUGGUGCAGAUGCUGUCCCGGAACCUGGAGGGGCACCACCAGAUUUCUGCUGCCUGCUUCCUGCCCUCCUAUUGUUGGCUUGUGUGUGCCACCUUGCACUUCCUACAUGCCCCCACACCUGCCGACCAGACCCUCACAAGCAUCUACACCAGCUUCUUGCGCCUCAACUUCAGUGGGGAAAUGCUGGACAGCACUGACCCCUCCAAGGUAUCUCUGAUGGCCUAUGCGGCCCGAACCCUGGGCAAGUUGGCCCACAUGGGGGUGACCUCUCGCAAGACCUACUUCUCUGAAGAGGAUGUCCGCACAUGUCUUGAAGCUGGCAUCAAGACGGAAGAGGAGUUUCAGUUGUUGCAUGUCUUCCGUCGAGAUGCCCUGAGGUUUUUUCUGGCCCCAUGCGUGGAGCCAGGGCAUCCAGGCACCUUCGUGUUCACUGUGCCCGCCAUGCAGGAAUACCUGGCCGCCCUCUACAUUGUGCUAGGUUUGCACAAGACGACCUUGCAGCGAGUAGGCAAGGACGUGGCUGAGCUCGUGGGCCGUGUAGGGGAGGAUGUCAGCCUGGUACUAGGCAUUGUGGCCAAGCUGCUGCCCCUGCGGGCUCUGCCUCUGCUCUUCAACCUGCUCAAGGUGGUUCCACGAGUGUUUGGGCGUGUGGUGGGUAAGAGCCAGGAGGCAGUGGCCCAGGCCAUGGUGCUGGAAAUGUUCCGGGAGGAGGACUACUACAAUGAUGAUGUUCUGGACCAGAUGGGUGCCAGCAUCCUGGGUGUGGAGGGCCCCCGGCGCCACCCAGACGAACCCCCAGAGGAUGAAGUCUUUGAGCUUUUUCCCAUGUUCAUGGGAGGGCUUCUCUCUGCCCACAACCGGGCUGUGCUGGCUCAGCUUGGCUGCCCAAUCAAAAACCUGGAUGUCCUGGAGAAUGCCCAGGCCAUCAAGAAGAAGCUGGGCACACAGGGCCGCCAGCUGCUGCCCCCCUCAGAACUCCUCGACUACCUCUUCUUCCACUAUGAGUUCCAGAAUCAGCGCUUCUCUGCUGAGAUGCUCAGCUCGCUACGCCAGCUCAACCUGGCUGGUGUGCGCAUGACGCCCCGCAAGUGCAUUGUGGUGGCAGCUGUACUGGCCAGUGGAAGGCAUACCCUGGAUGAGGUGAACUUGGCUUCCUGCCAGCUGGACCCUGCUGGGCUCCGUACACUCAUGCCUGUCUUACUGCAUGCCCGAAAGCUGGGCUUGCAACUCAAUAGCCUGGGCCCUGAGGCCUGCAGGGACCUCCGAGACCUGCUGCUACAUGACCAGUGCCAAAUUACCACUCUUCGACUGUCCAACAACCCACUGAUGGCGGCGGGUGCGGCACUGCUGGUGGAGGGGCUGGCAGGAAAUACCUCGUUGACACACCUGUCUCUGCUACACACCGGUCUUGGUGAUGAGGGCCUAGAGCUGCUGGCUGCCCAGCUGGACUGCAACCAGCAGUUGCAGGAGCUGAAUGUGGCCUACAAUGGUGCUGGCGACAAGGCGGCCCUGGCUCUGGCCAAGGCUGCCCGGAAGCAUCCUUCCCUGGAGCUGCUUCACCUCUACUUCAAUGAGCUGAGCUCAGAAGGCCGCCAAGUUCUGCGGGACUUGAGGAGCACAGUUGAAGGUGGUGCCAAGGUUGUGGCAUCACUAACAGAGGGGACAGCAGUAUCCGAGUACUGGUCGGUGAUCCUCAGUGAAGUCCAGCGGAACCUUAACAGCUGGGAUCGGGCCCGGGUCCGGCGCCACCUUGAGUUACUGUUGCGGGACCUGGAAGAUAGCCGGGGUGCCACCCUUAAUCCUUGGCGCAAGGCCCAGAUGCUGCGAGUUGAAGGCGAAGUCAAGGCCCUUCUGGAGCAGCUAGGAGGCCCUGGAUAUUAAGAAAGUGGCUUCAAACACCUAAGUGUAUGACCACUGGCCCUUAAAACCCUUCCUUAAAGGCUUCCUAGCUUGCACUUCUCCUUCUAGAAAGACCCGUUUCAGAACUGGCGGCAAAGGAAUGGGCACAGUUGUGCCAGGAGCCCUCCUAGGGCAUGUCUAACCAGUGCCCCCAGCCCUGCAAUUUCCAGGGUGAAAGAUAAGGAAUCAAUGCUCUGGGUUU